AUGGCUGCGUUGAAUAACUACCCACGUUCAGCUAUGUUGGGGGCUUUCAUAGCUGUGAAUUACGUGGUUUCACGGUGGAUGGGCAGCCUAAUGAAGUAUGGGGUGCUCGCUCGGAUAGCUUCUCCGAUUGCGGGUCCUCUUUUGACGGGAAUCUGCAUUUCAAGUGCAUUAUCUGGCUGGCUGGGCUGGAAACAAGGUUUGCGGAUGGAGUCCUACAUCUGGCAAGGUGUCCUUGCCCUUAUGUGGACUGUCUCUUUCUUCGCCCUACAUAGCACGUGGCUCUCGGUCAUCAUUGCAAGUUUUGCGGUCGUCGCAGUUCUCUUCACCAUGCGUUCUUUCCGCGGACAUCACGCCAGUAUUCUCAUGACCCCCCAACUGCUCUGGACCAUCGCCAUGCUCCUCAUGAACGCCGGCUUUUGCGCCUUCCGUCUCGGCUUCCUCAGCUUCGGAGGUCUCCAGUGGUGGGGACUAAAGACGGUGGGCAUGGGCCUGUUCCACACAGCACAACACCUUCUUCUUCACUAA